UUUAUGUCAUAAUUGUUACUAUAAUCAUCAUCAUCAUCAUUAUAGAGCAAGUGUGAAGAAUUAGAUGACUGGGUAAUUCUCAUUCAUAAUGUGAACAUUGCUACAUAAAUGAUUAAGGUCACUCUCAUCCCUAAUAAUCAAAUUUUCCUCCUCAUUUUCUUAAUUCUCAUAAUUUCAGGGGCAGCUCUAUUGAUUGGCUCAAUGGACGGAGGGAAUCACUCUGUGGUGUCUGAGUUCGUGUUUCUGGGACUCACCAAUUCAUGGGAGAGCCAGCUUUUCCUCUUGGUGUUCUCCUCUGUGUUCUAUGUGGCAAGCAUGACUGGAAACAUCCUGAUUGUGUUUUCUGUGACCAGUGAUCCUCACUUACAUUCCCCUCUGUACUUCCUACUGGCCAGUCUCUCCUUCAUUGACCUUGGGGCCUGCAACACUACCUCCCCCAAGACGAUUUAUGACCUUUUCAGAAAGCACAAAGUCAUCUCUUUUGGAGGCUGCGUUACUCAGGUCUUCUUCAUCCAUGUCCUUGGUGGUGUGGAGAUGGUGCUGCUCAUAGCCAUGGCUUUUGACAGAUAUGUGGCCAUAUGUAAACCUCUUCACUACCUGACGAUCAUGAACCCACAGAUGUGCAUUUUGUUUCUGGCUGUUGCCUGGGCCCUUGCUCACAUCACUGUGGUCUUUUUUUUCUUUGGUCCAACCGUAUUUGUCUACACUUGGCCACACCCCAAUUCACAGAUGGACAAGUUUCUUGCUAUUUUUGAUGCAGUUCUCACUCCUUUUCUAAACCCAGUCAUCUACACAUUCAGGAAUAAAGAGACGAAGACAGCAAUGAAGAGAGUUUUCAGACCACUAGUGAUUUUUAGAAAGAUCUCAUAAAUAAUAUUAUAAGGUAUUUAUCUUGAUCAUCAUUGACCUUAAAUUCUUAUAUUUGACAUUUUAGAUUAGCUGUUUUAAUGCAUCGACAAUUAAUUUGAGUAUUACCACACUCAUUAAGAAUGUUCUUCUUCCCUAUGAAGAAUGAAGGAUUUAGGCAAACAAAAUGUUAAUUCAAAACUUGUGU